AUGAUCGUGGAGCACUCCGCAGCAGCGGUGCGUGAGGACAAUGUGAAAACAUUUCCCGCCAACGGGCGGGACGUGCGCAGUAUCAUCUGGCGCUGCACCAAGCUAAUCUUGCGAGAUGUAUUGUCGAAAGCUGAAUUCUUGAUGUUCCUUGUGGCUACUGCAACGCUCAUGCCUCAAAUCUCCCACUCCUCGGAGUGAUAUUUCACUGAUACUGCUACCAUCUGAAAUUAUUUUCCGGAUUGGUUCAGGUGCAGAUCGAGCGUACGGCAGUACUGUGUCUCCUUCGCAAAGCUGUAUUCUUGCUCCUCAGAGGGACUUGUUGUGCUGUGGCGUCAUCGCGCGUAGUUCAGGCAUCUUGUUCUGUCCGGAUGUUAAGCGCCCGUAUCCCGAAAAGCAAAUUAAUUUCGCGUAUUGCUCGUCGGAUGUGCACAUAACUCAGUAGUCUAUCAUGUCG